CAGAACAAAGGGUUUGCAGAGAGAAAAUGAGAGAUGUAAAAAGUGUAGUUUCUUGCUUGGUUCUACUUUUCUUUGUUGUUCUUCAACAAUGUGCUGUGAAUGCUGAAGACCCUUACAGGUUUUACUCAUGGAGGAUCCAUUAUGGCUUCGUUUAUCCACUUGGUGUCAAACAACAGGUGAUUAUGAUAAAUGGGCAGUUUCCAGGGCCACAGAUUAAUGCUGUUACUAAUGACAACUUAAUUAUUAGUGUUUAUAAUGCUCUAGGCGAACCAUUUCUACUUUCUUGGAAUGGCUUGCAGCACAGAAGGAACUCAUGGCAAGAUGGUGUUCCCGGAACCAACUGCCCAAUCCCCCCACGACGUAACUUUACAUAUAUGCUCCAAGCUAAAGAUCAGAUUGGGAGUUUUUUUUACUUCCCUUCACUUGCAAUGCAUAAAGCUUCUGGAGGUUUUGGUGCCAUCAAAAUCUUCAGUCGCUACCGGAUUCCUGUACCUUUCGCUCAACCUGCUGGUGACCACACUGUGCUAGCUGGAGAUUGGUACAAACGAAGCCAUAGGCAACUGAAAAUGAUCUUAGAUGCCGGUCAUGCUCUCCCUGCUCCGGAUGGUAUUCUUAUUAAUGGUCAAGGCUGGAAUGGAUACACAUUUGCAGUUGAUCAAGGAAAAACAUAUAGAUUUAGGAUAUCAAAUGUUGGACUCACAACAUCAAUCAACUUUAGAAUUCAGGGACAUACUAUGAAACUAGUCGAAACAGAAGGAUCACAUACACUUCAAAACUCCUAUGGUUCCCUAGAUGUCCAUUUAGGACAAUCCUAUUCUGUCUUGGUUACAGCAAAUCAGGCACCAAAGGACUACUACAUAGUUGUUUCUUCACGCCUUGCAUCUCCAGUACGCACCACCACAGCAAUUCUUCACUAUAGUAACUCUCGGACCCAGGUUUGGGGGCCUCCUCCAAGGGGACCUACCAGCCAGGUCUAUUCGUCCCUGGCUCAGGCCAGAUCAAUUCGUUGGAAUUUAACUGCAAGUGGACCGAGGCCAAAUCCACAAGGGUCGUACCACUACGGACUAAUUAAAACUACACGAACAAUUAUGCUUGUGAAUUCUGCUCCAUGGAUUAAUGGCAAGCAAAGAUAUGCAAUCAACAGUGUCUCAUUUGUUCCUGGAGACACGCCACUAAAACUAGCAGACUACUUUAACAUUGGAGGAGUUUAUAACCUUGGUAGCAUGCCUGACAGGCCAAGCUACGGAGGUGCUUAUCUUACAACCUCUGUCAUGGCUGCUGAUUUUCGAUCUUUUGUUGAAAUCGUGUUUCAAAAUUGGGAGGACACAGUGCAGUCAUAUCAUAUCGAUGGUCAUGCUUUCUUUGUUGUCGGGAUGGAUGGUGGACAAUGGACGCCAGGUAGUAGAUCACGAUACAAUCUAAGAGAUACAGUUGCUCGAAGCACAACACAGGUUUAUCCAAAGUCAUGGACUGCAAUCUACAUGGCUUUGGACAAUGUAGGAAUGUGGAACAUAAGAUCCGAAAACUGGGCAAGACAGUACUUAGGACAGCAGUUCUAUUUGAGGGUAUACUCCCCUGCUCAUUCAUGGCGAGACGAGUAUCCAAUCCCUAAGAAUGCUCUUCUUUGUGGUCGUGCAAGAGGGCGUCACACUCGCCCAUUUUGAGGAGUUCUGUCACGAGAGGGUGACCAGAUCUUCCUAAACAAGAACUAUGACACAUAUAAGUCAAGUUCAUCCUAUUUCUUUCGCUAAUAUAAAGUUUCACUAUUGUUUUUUUCCCGGCUAUAUAGAACAAUUUGUAACAUGUUCGGAAAUCUAAUGCUUUGGAACAACUAGUUCCACUUUCCACUACAAAGAAAUGACAUUACAGAUGCUGCAGGCUAUUGUUGUUUCU